GAAAACGUAGCAGAGCUCUGUCGGAUUGUUGGUCUAACCGUCUCCUUCUAUUUCGUCUUCUAAAUCUUUUUCUUCUUCUUAUCUUCCUCUUUCUCUUCUCAAUAUGGACGCCAUGAAAGCAGGUAGCUCUCGUUUUCUGUUGUGUAGUUGUCACCUUCGAGUUUUCUUGUCUUGAUGGGGGCGAGUUAAGCCAUUGGAGAUCCACAACUAGCCGAUCUCUCUCGUUGUCUAGAUAUGUCUUGUAUUCUUUCUAGAUCUGAUCACCGGUGAGGUAAGAAACCCUAGUUCUCGUUUUCUCCAUUUCUUUUUUUCUCUUUUAUCUUAUAUAUAUAUAUAUAUCAUUCCGAGUUUUUGGUGUAGCACUUAUCAUAUUCCUUGUAGUACUGGUUCGUGUGAAGCCGUAAACUGUAGAUAUGCUUCUACUCUCUUUUCUAUCCGCAGAUCUAAUGCUAAGGUGGGGACUGAUGUGAUCUCUUCUUCCUUCUUUCAUUAUCGCUUCAUAGAAGGAUUUUUUAACUAAACCAUUCAUACUUGUGUGUUAUCUAUAAGCAUCACGUAUUUUUUUGGUAAAUGAACUAUAUCAUAUAUAGACAUAUAUAUUGUAUUAUAAUGGGUGAACACCUCGAUCUACUCAUAGGUUGCUAAAAAAAAUAUGGUUGUAUGAUGUUUCAGACUUGUAUACGGGUGUUUGUAUUGUUUUGGGAUUAAGUAUGUGUGGAUAGAGUAUAUUAGUUAGAGAAUAGCUUAAGACAUGUGUAAAUCUAGCAAGCUUUAGCGAAUGGGUUAAUGUGUUCUCUAAUCGCCUAGACCAACUUCUGUGUGCGCCAAGUUAAUUAGAUCAUACUAAUUUUAUUUUAGGAAACAAAUCAAACUUCCGCUUGUACCAAUCAAUCUUAAGAUUUAAGUUCAGGGUGAUCAAUCUUAAAUUUAGCAGUAAAGAAAACUAGAUGAAUAACUAUUAAAUUAUACUAACAAUAAUUCAUAUUAGCAAACCAUAUAUCAUCUUUUGAAGAACCCUAAAUCUAGCAGUGAGACUACUCAGAUGUAUUCAUAAGAGAAAUAAUGAUGGUCUCAAUAAUAUAUUUUGGAUAUGGAAAGGGUCAAUGUCUCGAGUUUGUAUAAUAUUUAUGGAUAGUUCGUUUGGGUCUAUUGAUGAAUGUUUUUUGUAUGUUUAAUCUUCUUCUUUGUGUUUUUAUAUCAACCACUAAUUAAACCACAUUUGCAUUAAUUAUAACAAAAGAUAUACCUCCUCUACAAUUAUGUUUAACGUGAUAGCGUUUGUGAUACAUUAGUCUAAACCAUAUGUUAACUAUCAUGUGAUAUAUAUAUAUAUUUUUUUUCAAAAAAGAAAUUUGAAUUAUUUUAUAAAUAUUUAGUAUUUGGUUCUGUAGUGGUCGAAAUUUAAUUUUGUAUGAUGGUUGAUCCAGAGUCUUCUUACUCUGAUUUUUCUAUCAUUAUUAAUUAGUCACUAGCUAUAAAGAAUUUAAAUUGUAAAUAUACCCCUUCAAUAUAUUUGUGGAAUUAGUUAGUCCAGAUUUCGUUUUAUAAUUUCCUGCUUAUACGAAAAGAAAAGUUCAAGGAAUAUUUAUAAUUCAUAGAUGCUUUAGUUGUUUCGUCUUGUUAGAUAAAACAUAUUACUAAAUUUUAUUUAUUUUAAAAUCAUGGUGAAAGAUUUACUAAGGCACUCACUCGCAUCCACUGGUUCACUCCAAUGGACAUCUACCACGUUUUUAUUUCUAAUAAAUAAUUGUUACCUGUCUGAGCUCUGAGUACUAUAAAUGCCACCACGUGUUAGCCAUAUUAACACACACAAACCAAAGUCUCGUUAGCUUUGAGCCCCAAAGUGAAAAUGAGUAGUCCUAAAUCAGCCACACUGAUCUUCUUAGUAUCAAUGGGUAUCGCAUCUUGCGCCAUGGCCAUGGAUAUGUCCGUCGUUUCCUACGAUGACAACCACCAUGUAAUUGGUGGUCCCGGCCGCCGCAACAGCGGUUUUGAUGCGGAGGCAUCGUUGAUAUUCGAGUCAUGGAUGGUUGAGCAAGGGAAGGUGUACGAGUCCGUCGCCGAGAAGGAACGGCGUUUAACUAUUUUCGAGGACAACCUUCGUUUCAUCACUAACCGAAACGCUGAAAACCUUGGUUAUCGGCUUGGUUUGACCCGGUUUGCAGAUUUGUCGCUCCAUGAAUACGGACAAAUUUGCCAUGGGGCUGAUCCGAGACCACCUAAGGACCAUGUUUUCAUGACUAGCAGCAACCGAUACAAGACUAGUGCUGGUGAUGUGCUUCCUAAGUCUGUUGACUGGAGGAAGGAAGGUGCAGUUACUAAAGUCAAAGAUCAAGGCCAUUGCAGGAGUUGUUGGGCUUUCUCGACGGUGGGGGCAGUGGAAGGCUUAAACAAGAUCGUGACAGGACAGUUAGUCACUUUGUCCGAGCAAGAUUUGAUCAAUUGUAACAAAGAAAAUAAUGGCUGCGAAGGAGGUAAAGUUGAAACUGCCUAUGAGUACAUAGUUACCAAUGGUGGUCUUGGUACAAACAACGAUUAUCCUUACAAGGCUGUUAAUGGGGUCUGCGACGCCGGCCUCAAGGAAAACAACAAGAAUGUUAUGAUUGAUGGGUAUGAGAGUUUGCCUUCCAACGACGAGCUUUCUCUAAUGAAAGCGGUUGCUCACCAGCCUGUAACAGCCGUUAUCGAUUCAAGCAGCAGGGAAUUUCAGCUUUAUGAAUCAGGAAUUUUUGAUGGAACGUGCGGAACAAACCUAAACCAUGGAGUUGUUGUGGUUGGGUAUGGAACCGAGAAUGGUCGUGACUAUUGGAUCGUGCGAAACUCAUGGGGAAACACUUGGGGAGAAGCUGGCUACAUGAAGAUGGCUCGCAACAUUGCAAAUCCAAGAGGAUUAUGUGGUAUCGCGAUGCGAGCUGCAUACCCCCUCAAGGAAAACAACAAGAAUGUUAUGAUUGAUGGGUAUGAGAGUUUGCCUUCCAACGACGAGCUUUCUCUAAUGAAAGCGGUUGCUCACCAGCCUGUAACAGCCGUUAUCGAUUCAAGCAGCAGGGAAUUUCAGCUUUAUGAAUCAGGAAUUUUUGAUGGAACGUGCGGAACAAACCUAAACCAUGGAGUUGUUGUGGUUGGGUAUGGAACCGAGAAUGGUCGUGACUAUUGGAUCGUGCGAAACUCAUGGGGAAACACUUGGGGAGAAGCUGGCUACAUGAAGAUGGCUCGCAACAUUGCAAAUCCAAGAGGAUUAUGUGGUAUCGCGAUGCGAGCUGCAUACCCCCUCAAGAACUCGGUGUCUGACGAUAUAAGGUCCAUGGCCUAAUAAUGUGAAUGUGAACUAAAUGUAUGUGUUAUGCGAGGGUUCGAGUGAGCGAAAAACCUAUUCGACUUUGAAGCAGAAAUAAUGUAGUCAAUGGGAUGGGUGUUAUUUUGUAAUAUAUUUUGUAACUGUUGAUUUGGAGUGUUGUAAUAUUUAUGAAUAUUUCGUUUGGGAUGAAUAUUUCCUCUUUUUCUAUA